AUGAGCAAAAACAAUAAUAAAAAUGAGUCACGAAUAUUAAGAAACAUAAUCCCGAUUAUCAUUAAUAGCCGAGCCACUUCAACACUUUCAAUCAUACUCAAGAGGAUAAUUCCUACGAUUAUUAGUGCAGUAACCGUGAGUGCUAUCAAAUGGAAAAGGGGAAACCUUGGUUCCUUACCGAUUGGAAGGAGGAAACAAGUAUUGUUGAUAUGGUUAAGAAAUACUGGAUCAUUGAUUAUUCUUAAUGCUCUAUUUCCAAUAUUAAAGAAAUAUGUGAAGUAUAACACAAUAAUAUGGUCAAUCAUUACCGCGUUUGCUUCAGUCAUCUCAUCUAACAUACCGGCAGAACUUGUCAGCUACGUAUUGAUUGAAUCUAUUUUUGAUCAUAUGAAAAUUUACUUGAAGAAAUUUGACGAACAUUUCAGGAGAAGAAUAAGGCAAAUACUUACAUGUAUUCUAUUGCCAAUUCUAUGGGAUAAAUAUAAAGGGAGUAAUAGAACUGAAGUACCAUCACUCUUUAAAUUGAUAUUUAAUCACAGACCUAUCCUAUCAGAUUUCCUUCUGUACUAUUUGCUAUGGAAUAUUAAAUCCUUUUACAAAUAUAUUAAAUCAUUGUUAUUUGAUGCUGGGCCACAUUCAAGACCUUCCUCCUCUUCUAGCAAUAGUAGUAAUAAUACCAGUCAUUUUAUGAUGUACUAUAACAAUCAUGACGAAUUGCCCACAGUAUCAUCUACAUUGAGGCCAGUAAUUCAUAAAUUGGGCGAAAUGUAUGAGCUGGCAUCUAAUAAUGAUAAUGUCUCUAAACAUGGGGCCCUUUUAGAGAGAAUAUUCUCGUCUUCUUUCGUUACAAACAUACAACCUUGCAUCCAAUGGUGUUUAUGGAAAUUACUUUUAGUGCAUACAUUACGUCUCAAUUCUAAAAACUGUAGUACUAUCAUAAAAUCACAAGCUAAUAUUAUGAAGUCUAUGACUCUUAUCCUUGGAAUUUUCGUAUUAGAUAGGAACAAUAAUACCAUGAAUAUCAGAACGGAAGUUAUUAGGUACUUUCUUAAUAUAUUGCUUAACUUCCGUAUCUCGAAGCUUUAUGAACCAGAGAGGAAGGUAUUAUUGUUCUGUGCCUCUCUUUUAGCCUUUAAAAAUAAUGCAUAA